AAGUAGUAUUUAGUGUUAACCAAAUAGAUAUUUCUUAAUUUUCGGAUUAUAAAAUGAACAAUUUAGCAAUGUUGAUUCACUCAAACUGAUGAUAUUCACUACAUAUUAACUCUGUUACAGUUAAACUUUAGUUUAACUCAAUUUCUAAAAUUUAUUACCUUCAAAAAAAACUUUUUUUGACCUCAAUCGAAGUGUUUUGGAUAAGGUUAGCCACUACUUUUACUAUCUGCGACAAAUACAACAUAAAUACAACUUUGAAAGAUAGAAUAUUGUAUUAAAUGAGAAAUUGUACAAGAAUAUGGAUAUUCUCAAAAGUCAAGCUCUCAAGAUAGAUUUUUCACCUUGCGCUGAUGAAUAUGAAUUAAAUGAUACUAUUGGAAGUGGUGCUUAUGGAGUUGUCUGUUCAGCUAUUCAUAAACAUACAAAAGCAAAGGUUGCAAUAAAGAAAAUAUCAAAAAUAUCCGAUCAUACUGAAAUUGCACGGAGAACAUUAAGAGAGUUGAAAAUCUUACGUUAUUUUAAGCACGAAAACGUAAUAUCCAUAAGGAAAUUAAUGCAGCAUAGUAAAGAUGGAAAGAUAUUUGAUGUUUAUAUUGUUCUUGACUUUAUGGAUACAGAUCUUCAUAAUCUUAUUCAAUCAAAGCAGGCUUUAUCAAUGGAGCAUAUUCGUUAUUUUCUUUAUCAAAUGUUAUGCGGUCUAAAGUAUAUACAUUCCGCCAGUGUUUUACACAGGGAUUUAAAACCAAGCAAUAUACUUGUUAACGAAAAUUGCCUAUUAAAAAUUGGUGAUUUCGGUUUGGCUAGAGGAUUGUCAAAUAAAAAUCUAGUCACAGAUACAACAAACUUUCUCAUGACACAAUAUGUGGCUACAAGAUGGUAUAGAGCUCCAGAACUCCUUUUGGGAACAACUCAUUAUACCUUUUCAGUAGAUUUAUGGAGUGUUGGAUGCAUACUUGCCGAAAUGUUCCGUAGGAAACAACUUUUCCCCGGAAGGUCAUUUCCUGAACAGUUAGAUAAAGUUUUAACAACUACUGGAUUGCCUCCAGAAUCUAUAUUGAAACAUGCUCCGGCAAACCUUCAAAAUUUUAUAAAUGAUAGAUAUAAAAAUCUCAAGCUAAAAUCUCUGGAAACUGAAAUACCAGUGAUAGAUCCUCUAGCUUUCGAUUUAUUAACUAAACUCUUAAAAAGCGAUCCUGAGGAAAGACCGACAGCAAUUGAAUCGCUAAAUCAUCCGUUCUUGUCAAAAUUGUACUCAAACGACGAUCCACCUUGCAAUCCGCCGUUUGAUUUUUCUUUUGAUAAACCGACUCUAACUAAAGAAGAAAUGGUUAAUGCCAUUAUGUCAGAAGUGAAAUCGUACGAAUUCAAAUUUAACUUUACACCGAAUCCCUUAAAUUGCUUUAAAAAACCAUCUGUCCCAAAAAAAGCCGAAGUACUUGAGAGGUCAUCAACCACGAAACUGGAACCUCAGGUUAUAGAACCAACAACGCAGCCAUCCACUUCAGACAUCCAUAUGAAUAGUGCAGGCGUUGGGAAGAAGGAAGAAGACAUAAAUUGUUUUGCUGCUACUGCUGCUGUUGACUCAAAAAUUGCUCUAAAAAAAGCAAUACUAAGGAAACAAAAGAACAAAGAAACAGUCGUUGUUGAAAGUGACAAUCCACAAAAGCCUAUGACUGCUCAUAGGAAGAUGAGAGAACGUCAAAUGAAGAGAGAAAUACGAAAGAACAAGAAUAAAAAAAAGCUGAAAGAUAAACACAAGACCGAGAAAAGUGCUAAAAGUCUUUUAUCGGAUGAUGACAAAAAGUUAUUGGAAAGAUGGAAUGCUAUGCAAACGCGAAAAAAUUCUGAUAAAUCUCAAAGCUUUGAUUUUCCACCUGAUAUUUCAGCUCCAGAUGAAAGUAUACACUCUGAUAUAGAAGAACUGGCAGUAAUAAAUAAUAUACCUUUGGCUCAAAAUCAACCACCCGACGAUAAAUUCUCAGAGAUCGCAACACAGCCUCAAGGAGAGAUAACUGCGGAUGCAGAUACGCUCGAUGACCAAGAAAAUAUUGGUCUUUCAAAUAUCUACAGAUCACUUUCAGAAGAGCAACUAUCAAUUCUUACUCGGCAUUUACAUAUGGAAGAUUUCAAUCUAAUGGAUACUCCUAAAGGAACUGGUGAUGGAUACGGCAUUGGCUUAGACUUAGAUGCUCUAUUGAAUAUGGUUCAAUCUUUCACAGAUUCUGGGAAUAUAUCUCCUUUUCGAUCGAUAGAAUCAGAGGAACUGGGAAAAAUUUUAGAUGAUUAUAAGUAGCUAAUCUAAUUGUUUUGUUCGUUAAAUUUAACGAGUAUAAUUGUUAACAGAGAGUAUUGGCAUUAUUCAUUUUAUGAGUUGAAAACUAAGAAUAAUGUUAACAUUGUGU